GUCGGGUUGUUCAUAUUUAUUGAUUUUAAAAACAAUUCCCAAAUAGUUCGCGGCAAAAGGAUUGGAUGCCCUAGACUUGCUUCUUCCCUAAACCCCAACACUGAAAUUCCGAGAGAAGCUCCAUCUCCUCAAGAACGAGUUCGAGUCUCCAAUGGCAAUUUCGGUUUGAGACGUCAGGGUUUCUCUUUGAUUCUCCAGCGCAAAUACAAUGUUCGGAGCUCAACCGUCCUCCUCCGCCUUCGGCACUCCACAAUCAAGUCCGGCCUUUGGCACUCCGCAAUCAACUCCGGCAUUUGGCACGCCGGCGUCCACUCCUGCCUUUGGAACUCCAUCGGCGUCUCCUGCAUUUGGCAAUCUUUCCUCAACUCCUGCCUUCGGAACUCCAUCUACGUCGUCGUUUGCUACCGGCUUCGGCUCCUCUCUCUUCUCUACUCCAUUCUCUUCUCAGCCUUCACAACAGCAACAGCAGUUGCAGCAAUCGCCGAUGUUUCCGCAAUCAUCCGCUACAGGAUUCGGUUUCCAGACUCCGUUUACUGCGCCUCAGUCCACUCCAUUUCCAAAUGCUCAACUGACCACUCAAAUGGCUCCGGUCGCACCGCUUCCUUUCUCCCUGGCAGAUCGAGAUAUUCAAGCAAUUGUUGAGGCUUACAAGGACGACGCUGGAAACCCUAAGUAUGCUUUCAAGCAUUUGUUGUUCAGUGUAACUGAUCCUCAGUAUAGGACGAAGCCUCCUGGUGUAUCGGAUAUAAUGUGGGCUGAGGCAAUGGCAAAGCUCGAAGGCAUGGAAAGUGCUGAUAGAGAGCGAUUGUGGCCGCAGCUUGUUCAAGGUUUUAAGGAUUUAUCUCAGCGCUUGAAGAUUCAAGAUGAAGUCAUUCUCUCUGAUUCCGAGAGACUACGAAUGACCCAAAGCAAUGUCAAAAUGCUUCAGAGGCAUUUUCUAGCCGAUACUCUACCUUGGGUUCAAAGAUUGAAACAGAAGGAGCAAGGUCUGCAAAGGCAUCUGUUGAGAGUUAUGAGAAUUGUGGAGGCACUAGAAAGUAAAGGUUGCCGAGUGCCUGUAAUGAAAGGAGAGGCUGAAUUGGCAGAGAAGUUAGCCUUGAUAACGAGGCAGUUGAAAGGCUCUGGGGCAGAACUUUCAAGGAGGGUACAAAAUUUGCUGACAGUUACUCGUGGGCAAGCAAACGGCUCCGGUCCUGGUAAUUCCAUCUAUUUUCAAGGAUCUGCAAAAAUACACGAGCAGAGUCUUGCCGAUAUGCAGGAGGUUUUACAGCAGCAGACUGAGGCCAUUGCUAGACUUGGAAAUGUUUUAAAGCGAGAUGUUAGAGACAUGGAAAUCAUAAUGGCUGAAGAUAAAGAGAUGGCAGAUGAUGCAAGUUGAAAGAGAUUGAGUUUCCCAUUUCUAGCCAUUCUUCUGCUGUGUUGUUCGUUAUUAAAGUAUACUUGGCUUGAUUAUUUUUCCAAAUGGAAAAGUUAAAAUUCGUUUCUGUAAAACUUUUAUGUACUAGUCUGCUCAAGGGUGCUAUCCCACAUCUUAUAGAGAGAAGUGUGUUAGUACAGUUCGGUUAAGAUAGGUUAAACUUUUAACUGCUUAAUACCUAUGCAAUUUUGAUUUGAUGCAGUGUUUAAA